GAUGGAGCGGAGACGUAUCACCUCUGCACGCCGCUCCUAUGCCUCCUCCGAGACGAUGGUCAGGGGCCAUGGUCCUACCAGACACCUGGGUACCAUUCCGCGCCUCUCCCUGUCUCGAAUGACGCCUCCACUCCCUGCCAGGGUAGACUUCUCCCUGGCCGGGGCGCUCAAUGCCGGCUUCAAAGAGACUCGGGCCAGCGAGCGUGCGGAGAUGAUGGAGCUCAAUGACCGCUUUGCUAGCUACAUCGAGAAGGUCCGCUUCCUGGAACAGCAAAACAAGGCGCUGGCAGCUGAGCUGAACCAGCUUCGAGCCAAGGAGCCCACCAAACUGGCUGACGUUUACCAGGCAGAACUUCGGGAGCUGCGGCUGCGUCUGGACCAGCUUACUACCAACAGUGCCCGGCUGGAGGUGGAGAGGGACAAUCUCACACAGGACCUCGGCACCCUGAGGCAGAAGCUCCAAGAUGAAACCAACCUGAGGCUGGAGGCGGAGAACAACCUGGCUGUGUACAGACAGGAGGCGGAUGAAGCCACCUUGGCUCGUGUGGAUCUGGAGAGGAAGGUUGAGUCGCUGGAGGAGGAGAUCCAGUUCUUGAGGAAGAUCCAUGAGGAGGAAGUUCGAGAACUCCAGGAGCAGCUGGCCCAGCAGCAGGUCCACGUGGAGAUGGAUGUGGCCAAGCCAGACCUCACAGCGGCUCUGAGAGAGAUUCGCACUCAGUACGAGGCAGUGGCCACCAGUAACAUGCAAGAAACAGAAGAGUGGUAUCGGUCCAAGUUUGCAGACCUCACAGACGUUGCUUCCCGCAACGCAGAGCUGCUCCGCCAGGCCAAGCACGAGGCUAAUGACUAUCGCCGCCAACUGCAGGCCUUGACCUGCGACCUUGAGUCCUUGCGCGGCACGAACGAGUCCUUGGAGAGGCAAAUGCGCGAACAGGAGGAGCGCCACGCGCGGGAGUCGGCGAGUUACCAGGAGGCACUCGCUCGGCUGGAGGAGGAGGGCCAAAGCCUCAAGGAGGAGAUGGCCCGCCACCUGCAGGAGUACCAGGAUCUACUCAACGUUAAGCUAGCCCUGGACAUCGAGAUCGCCACCUACAGGAAAUUGCUGGAGGGCGAAGAAAACCGCAUCACCAUUCCUGUACAGACUUUCUCCAACCUCCAGAUCCGAGAAACCAGCCUGGACACCAAAUCUGUGUCAGAAGGCCACCUCAAGAGGAACAUCGUGGUAAAGACGGUGGAGAUGCGGGAUGGCGAGGUCAUUAAGGAGUCGAAGCAGGAGCACAAGGAUGUGAUGUGAGGUGUGCCCAGCUGGCAGCCCUUGCCAUACAGUGUGAGGGCCUAAAGCUCCCUCCUCAGAUAGUCUUGUUUGCUAGGCCCAAUUCCCAUCCACACCAGUGCUCCCCUUCCUUCUGUUUUUAUGCCCACGGCUCGGUCAGUGCGGAGUCUCAUGGACGGCACAGACCACCCUGCAUCUCCAACUAACAGGAUACUCACCCCAAAGGGGCAAUCAGGAGGGGAGGACCCCCCUCCCCCCAGCUGGGUUAGAACUGGAAGAAAGAGGAAAGACAGGGGCAGGGAGACUUAACAAAUCCCUUCCUUCAUCCUUGUUGUUAUGGAAACCGUUGCCAGAGCUGGAGGUCUCUGGGAACUGGACUUUGAGUUUUCAUAGGCUGCUGGAGCAAGACAAACAUUCAGACAGAAAGGAAAAGAUCCCGAGGCAAAGAAUCUCUAGCCAGAGGCCUAGGCAUCUGGAAGAACCCUGACGAUGUAGGAGUGGGUAGGGCAGACUUGCUACCUGGAAUGGCCACUAAGGCAGUCCUGAAGGGCCCCCCUCCGGAGGGAUGACCCUCGUGUAUCGGCCCCACUGAGCAGCCCUGCAGGUUGAUGCCCCACGAGCGUGUGAAAACUUGGUUCUUGGCAUGUGGCAGGCUCUAUAGCAUAAGUGGAGAGGGAAGGUGUACUGGAGGGUAUAGAGGAGGGCUCUCUGGCCCCUAAGUAUGGAUGCGGAGAGGGGGGAGCCCAGGAAGGCUACCCCGCUCAGGCUGCAGGGGUGCCAUGGCGGAGGAACCGGUGGAGAUAACUUGGACAAUGGAGUUGGAAGUUGUAGGCAACUAGUUACACUUGGCUCUGAAUCCUUGGAAUCAAGGAAAUGACCUGUUCUCUCAAAGACACUGAAACAGGAGAGAGGGACUUCCAUCCACUGGGCAGGGUACAGGCGCGUCUCAGUUGUGAAGGUCUAUUCCUGGUUGCUCAGUCCCCAACUGCGCAUCACCCUGGGCUUCUCAACCUGGAAGAGUCCACAACCAUCCUUCUGAGGCCCUCCAUCCCCACAACCACUAGCUGUUGUUCUCCAAGCCAAGGGCCCCAUUCCCUUUCUUAUGCAUGUACGGAGUAUCGCCUAGACUUUAAGCGUCCAUCCUGUUUGAAAGUUUGGGAAACUGACACACGUUGUGUUCAAGCAGCCUGGUGUGGAGUGCCUUCGUAUUAGUGUACCCUCUCGGAAGCUGGUUGGUGGGCAGGUGAGGAAGAAAUGGAGCUGAAAGUGUCCCCUCAGUUGUCCUUUCCUCCCCCUCUAAGGUCCCUCCCUUUUCCCAGGACAUCGUACACUCCCCCCCUUGUCACCUCUGCUAACCUUCAGAGCAGUACUGUCACCUUUACUCACUGGGCAGAAAUAAAGACAGUGUCAGAGGC